ACUACCUUUCAAAAUGGCUGACAUGACUACGUCGUACACAACUCCGAAUAGAGGAGAUACUUUUUCACUUGAUUUAAAUUAUGUCCAGUCGUCAGGCUCUGUUACAAAUCCCCAUGAAUCACAUGCAUCUUUAGAAAGUCCCCAAAAAUAUAUGCCAACACAAGAUGAGUUUCAAUUUGUGGCUGGUAGUUCCACUGCAGGUAAUUUGUGUGUGCAGAUCAGGUUGACAUUUAAUAAUUUAAUAAUAAUUAUUAAUUUGAGUAGUUUUUAGUUUUAUUGUCAGUGGAAUGAUUUAGACUGCAAUGAGUAUUUGAAUUAUAACUGUUGUACCCGACUUUACAAAACGCAACUGAUUCAUUCUUAGGGUAUUAAUUAAAAAUGACGUUCCUAUAAUGUUAUUUAAAUUAAUGAUUAAUAUAUUUAUUUAAUGAAGAAUUCCUAAUGCCUAAAACUUACACUUAACUUGGAUGGAAUAGGAAAAUUUUAACUGAUAUUAGGUUAUUUGAUAACUGGCCAUGCACCAAGCCAAAUGUGUAUGUUUUAAAAUGACAGUUUGUUAUAAGUUAUAGCACACUUUUGGCAUGGGAUUUUUGUUGACCUCUGUUAAUUUCACUUUUCGUCUUAGUAGGUAAAAAAAAAAAAAUAAUAAAAAUAUUGUUUUUUUAAAAAUGAAUUUCAAAGAAAAAAAUGAAACUAGAAUCAACUUUUUAGUUUUAGUAUUUUUUUAGUUCUGAAUUUUGAAAUUUACAAUUUUUUAAUCCACCACUUGAGCGUCGGCCAAGAAAAAAACCAGUGGUUCCGAUUUGAAGGGCUAUUUAAACAAUUAUUCUUAUAUUGAUAAGAUCCAAAAUGAUGGAAAUGUUUUUUAUGACUUGGUACAUAUUCAUUCCGGCACGUAUAUAAUACCGGUAAGAAUAACACAAGGCAAUUUUUCAAUAUGACAAAACUAAAAUAAUUUUUAAAUAGAAUAAUUUAAACAAUUUAAUGGGUAAAAAUGAAAUUAUGCAUAGUUCAUGAAAACCAUUUCUUACUUGGUUUAUAUUGGCUAAAGCCGCCCACCUGAUACAAUCAGUGAUCCUGGAAGUAUAAAUCUUUCUAUGCACUCUUGUAAUGUUGUUGCAUUUCAGUCUGGCACUUCAAUAAGAAAAUAGCACCCAUUCUCUCUUUCCACGCAACCGAAAACACAGUGGCCCUCUCUCAACUGUCCAAGGUGGUAUUUCCUGUAGAAAUAUUUUGUUUCAAUUUCAACUACAAUGGAUUCUCCUUGAUUGUCGAAACCCCCAAUUUCUUGAUCGUCGAAAUCCCCAAUUUCAGAUGCAUUCGCAGCCAGCCAGAUUUCACACUCCUCCAACAUAAAAUUUCACCAGUCCAACACAGUAGUGACAUUUGCAACAUCACCCUCGCUUACCAUCUGCAACUGUGGCAUAUCAACACCAGCAGUAAACUAAAGUAGUAAUUUGCAAGAUGCUGAGGUGACUUCAAGCAAAGAAAGAGCCUUCUUGUAUUGUCUUUCUGUAACUGCAUGCAGCAUAGGCCCACCUGAGACCAUCCUGUCCUUGAGCAUAUCUGUUUAACCUACACAUCCCAUUGCAGACACUACAUGUCAUACGUUUUUUAAAGGGCGUUGACGCACACACCAUCUUAGUGCUGAAUUAUGGUCUGACAAAUUCGGCAGUAGUGUGGACAGCCACCAUACUUCUUCGUUUCGUAUCUGAUCAGUAUUAAAUACUUUGUGCAUCAGCAUUAUUUGUAGUCUUUCCUCUUUUUCUUCCUGCCUUACGGUAGCUUAGUAAUAAUUAAUUAAAUGUAUUCUGCUAAAUAACUUUAUACGAAAGCGGAACUUUUAACAGACACCAAUAUAAGAAUAAUUGUUUAAAAUGCCCUUCAAACCGGAACAACUGGAUUUUUUCUUGGCAGAUGCUCAAGUGGUAGAUUACCUCCAAUUCAUUUUUUUUUACUCUGGACUACACGUCCACAUUUUAUGAGCCCAUUCCGCUGAUUGCGUUGUGUGCAAUAAAUCUUGAUUUUAUGAUACUUUAUACACCUUUUAUUUUCAGAAUGUUUAUUAAAAAGUAAUUAAUUUUAAUAAUGUUAUGCAGACCUGCCAACCCUUCCAAUUUUGUCUGAAUUAUACAGAUUUUUUACCCCUAAUUCUGACCUUCCGACAAUCCCCUUAAAAUUCAGAUUUUCCAAACAUUAAAAUUUUUCACCUGUCUUAAAAAUCCGAAAGUGACAUUUAAAAAAACGGGUAUGUCAGGAAGUAGAGCAUUUCGAUGAUGCCACUUCAUUUGUUUGUUUUUUUGUUUUGUUUUUUACGAAGUGUCUACCUGUUCGGCAACCGAACGAAUAAGUUCUCGAGAUAUUCAUCCAGCUAUUCCAUCAAGUCACAUGACCGUCGUAACAAAGUUGCACGAGAUAUUUGUCCGUCAAUCUUGUGACGUGGCCACUAAAAGUCUAUCAGAGUUUACGAUAUUUCAUUCCAACAAAUUCAAGUUAGUCUGGACAUUUACAUGGAAAAUAAAUAUGUUCAAUUCUACAAAAGAAAUGCUAGAACCAUUGCUGAUAUAUAUAUAAUGAACAAAUGGUUAAAAAGUGACAAUGUUAAAUAAAGCGCGACAUGCUCGCCGGAUGAAUAUCUCCCGCACUAUUUGUCCAGUUAUCAGAUGUGUAGACACAGCCUUGUUUUUAUCGAAGCGAAAGCAAUCUAUAAAUCAUUCUUCAAUCACCAAUUGAUCCGAUCGUGAUUCAUCCUUUUGCUAGGCUAAAAAAUAAUUCUGUUGUGACUUUUUUUUGUUAAAGCUUUUCUUCAUUAAAUGGAUAAAUCUAUUGAAAAUUGUGGGUUUAAUAUUGAGAAACAUAUUUUAAUGAACAAAAAGCAGUGAAUCUACGACAUCCAUGUCUAAUUUGUUUGCUAAAGAGUCAUAUGAUUCAAUUAUCAGAUCGGAAGUUUUAUUUACUAACUUUCUUAUUGAAGUAAAUAUUUCUCUAGCCAACUCCGAUCGUUCUAAUGUCAGAGUCAAAGAUAUGUUUCCAGACUCACAGAUUACUAGAAGAUUGUGAAGGAAAAUUACAAUGAAACAAGGGCUGUCAUGAAAGCUGAUACUCUUUCUAACUUGCUUGUAAAUAAAAUCAUUUGCAAUGCUAACCUUCAGUUGUCUAAAGAGCUGUUGGACAAGUGCUAAAGGGCCUCUAGGGAUAUGCUGGAAAACUGAACUCUUAGCGGCCUAUACACAUACAAAUGUAAAUAAAAUGGAUAUUCUGUUCUGUAUCUAUCUGUAUAUAAACAUUUCCAGUAAUGUUUUUCUCAUGUUCUAUGGUGUUCUGUGGACUCUUCAAAGGCAAUGGAGGUAACUUUAUAUUUAUUUAUUUCCUAAAAAAAGGCUUGUGCAUUACUAUGUAGAUCUUAAAUCAAUGCCCGCCCCCCUUCCCCCGUGCACCCCUCUACAGGUUUUUUUCCUUCGCAGGUUGGCAGGUCUGUGUUAUGCAAUUAUAAAUAAAUUGAAACUUAUCUAACUAUGCAUAUGUAAAUCAAUAUCAGUAAAUUUAAUAAAAGAUAUUAAUUAAUGGCUUUUCUGUUUACCAAGUCUACGGCGUCCAUUUUAUCAGUAUAUAUUAUAUACUAUAUAGUCUAUAUAAGGAAACGCAUCCCCUUAUUGCUAAAAUACUGUUUAGGGGCUACCUAUUUUGACUUUCAACGUUGCCACAUUAAAGCUGUCCCUGACCAAUGGUUUAAUAGUUUUUCACAUAGCAAACUCUUAUGAAUAAAAAUCUGAGAUAGUACUAAGGUAUAGCCAUUAUGCAAGUGGCUGUGAAUGGUUUUCCCAAUACAACAUUUUGCACAUGGCAAAUUAUGGUCAUUUAUAAUAUGAUCUCUACCGGGUUUAUAAACCUAUAAUUAAGAAACUCUUGUUUCAAUACUUUCAAAGUUCACUUUGAAACAUAAUUUAUGCAAAUAUUUUAAUGUAAAUAGAGGUAAUAAUUGAAUAUUUGUCAAGUAUCUGCAUCUUCUGCCAUUAAAAAGGGGGCAUGGUCACUUUCAAGUGAAGUUGGGUAGAGCGACCUACAUAGUAUACUACUCAAAAUUGGAAUCAUUGCAUCUCUUGUAUUACACAAAGCUCUUUGAAAAUUGACACACUUGUAGAUCAAUAUAUGCACAAUAAAUCUGAAAAUGGCAUAUAUUUAAUUUCAACUUAAUCUUAAUGGUGGAAAUUGCCUUUAUUUCCCCACAGAUUUUCUUAAAGUUGAUUGAUUGUAAAUGAAAAAAAAAAGGUUUGGAGGAAAAACUAUAACUUCAUUUUUUCUUUAAGGAUUAGCAAAUGAAAUGUGCAGUUUUAUUGCAUUAUACAUAAUAGUUUCAUUGCUUUAUGUUUGUGAUAAUUUAAAUCAAUGAAAUCUUGUAUUUUCAAUGAACAAAAAUUUGUUUUUGGUGCAAUAUUGGGCAAAAUUGCCCAAAAUAGCUAAAAUCCAGAAAUUAUCACCAAUCCAGAAGGUAUUCAAGAUAGAAACUAUGAACUGAUAUUUUAAUAUAUUCUUAUUUAAUUAGUUUACUGGAACAAAAAUUAUUGCUACAGAAAAAUUCUUUAUUUUAUUAAGCAUAGUCACUCGAAGCUACAUUUGCAAAUUGUAUAUAAUACGUUGUAUUAUAUACAAUUUAAAUAGGCUUCUAUACUCUAUUGUCUGACUAUUUUAUCUGCAAGUCUGUGCAAAUAAAAUAUCUGUCAAAAGUUAUUAAAAAAGGCUUGUAUUAAUUAUUUUAAAAAACUUUCUUUAGUUAUUGUGUUUUUAAAAGUUAUUUGACAUACUUUAUGUUUGUAAUUUGGUUUGUAAUGAUAAGUUAUAAAGAAAAAAGUGUGAUCUUCUCCAGUAUAGACUAUAAUAGGAUUUAUCAUUAACAUUUAUCUCUAUAGGGCAAGUAAAAUUAGAAGGUUCUAUGGACCCCAACUUACCACCUGCAGGAGGUGAUGCAUAUGGCGUUAGGAAACGUGGUGUCACUUCAUCAGUUUUAGAGUCUAGAGGUUUUGGGUGGCUACUUGAAGAGGAAGAUCCAGAAGAAGAAGAUCAAAGACCAUUGUUGUAUGUAUAUGCUACAUAAAACAUAUUAUUUAUACCAACCCUAUUGUUGUAUGUUUCUGCUACAUAAAACAUUGUUGUAGGUAUCUGCUACAUAAAACAUAUUGUAGUUUGUAUCUGCUAUAUAAAACAUAUUUUGGUAUUUUUCAUCAUACUUUUAUCAUGUUUUUUUUUCCACAUUUACUGCAUUUAAAAUAUAUUGUUGAAGUAUUAGAUUUUGACAAUAUAUUUAUGAGCAUUCCUGGAUCACAAAUGAAUAUUGAGUAUUAAAAAGGGCAAAAAUAUUUUAAUUUCAGAGAGGAACUGGAUAUUGACCUAAAAGAUAUUUACUACAAACUGAGAUGUGUACUGUUCCCACUGCCUCAGUUGGGCUUCAACCGUCACAUUGUACGAGAAAGUCCAGACUUUUGGGGGCCUCUUAUUGUGAUACUCCUUUAUGCUAUUAUUUCAUUAUAUGGGCAGUUUAGGGUAAGUAAGUGUAAGUAAGUGUGUUGUAAAAUAUUUCUCAGGUGCAUCAAGUUUGCUGGGGCUUUAUUUUUUAUAAAAGAGCUUUUUGGUCAAUUUCAGCAAAAUGGAUUUUAGUUAAAAUUUACUGAUGGAUCAAGAUAAAGUACAAGACAAGUUGAUACCUUCAGAUACUACCAAAUAAACCGAGUAGGAUAUUCUGGCAUCAAUGUGCUGAUGGUGUAGGCUUCGCAGGAUGAAAUCACAAGGCCUGGGAUUUUUCUUUAGGAGGAGAAGCUGGUUCCCUAGACAGCCAAUCGCAUCCCUCCAUGCACCUGGAUAACCCAACGGAACAUCAUGUGGAUGAUACAGCUUGGCUCCCUUAGUGUCACAGGGAUUGCCGGAAUGUUUCAUUGUGUCAGUAUUAUCCGCCUUCGGGACUCCAUCUCCGGGUCUGAAUUCAGAGUUUUCCUUCUCUUAGAUGAGUUGCCGUCCAAGGCUAACGAGUGCCAUCCACCCGGGGUGCUUGGGAUGUUUUCGCUUGUGUAGGCUUUGGUGGGGAUUGAACUCCAGACCACCAGCUUUUGUGCAUUGUAUGAUAGUGUGAUAGAUUUAUAGCUAAAAGACUAGACCUAAGAAUGGUUAAAGUUACCAUCAAGAUGUCAUUGGUAUAAUACUACUCUGUGCAGGUAAAAAUUUCAAUGUUUGAAAAAUUAUUACUUAAACACCGGUUUUAUCAAUGGUUAUAAAAAAAGUUAAUUUAAACACAGCAUAUUUUUUUUAUGGCAGGUUGUGUCAUGGAUUCUCACAAUAUGGCUUGUUGGAUCUUUAAUGGUUUUUCUAUUGGCCCGUGUUUUGGGAGGCGAGGUAAGGAAAUGAAAUACAUAAAUUUCUGGUCAGAGAAAUAACUAGGUUGUACAUCUGAGUCUGUGUGAAUGGGCUGCGCUUCGACACCAUACAACAGCAACCAUGGUUGACCAUCAAGCUCCACAGAUUUUCUUGGGUUUUAAAAAAAGCAGAUUUCAACUUAAAUAUUAAUUACUAGACUCAACCAUUUUUUUUUUUAAAAAUAGUAGUUUUGUCCAUGUAAUGAUGUGUGCCUCAAGAGUUGUGAAGAUGAAAAAGUUUUUUUUUAAAGCAAUUUCUGUGCCAGCUCUAAUUUUAUUUAAGUAAAUAUUAUAUGUAUAGAUUGAACAUGCUCUCAUGUUAAUAAGAUUUAGUUACUUUUAAAACAGGGGCAGUUUAGUAUAAAUAGUGCUACUGGUAUUAUAAAACAUAAUUCCAGAAGGAAUAAGAAAUUACAUUCAAGCUAACCCCUCCCCCCCCCCCUCCAUCUACAUUAUGCCCAAUAUCUAAUAAGAUUUAGUUACUUUUAAAACAGGGGCAGUUUAGUAUAAAUAGUGCUACUGGUAUUAUAAAACAUAAUUCCAGAAGGAAUAAGAAAUUACAUUCAAGCCAACCCCCCCCCCCCCCCCUCCAUCUCCAUUAUGCCCAAUAUCUACCACUGCUGCAUCAGUUGUUUCUUUAAAAGAUUCAGCUACCAUUUUAUUCAUUGGCCCCUAUUUUAUUUUAUCGACUUUUUUCACAGAUGUACAAAUAUUAGAUGGAAAGACAACUUUCUAUACCCUUUAAAAUAUUUUAUACUACUUAAAACGUUUUAAAAGUAAAGUUGGUUAUUGCUUGUUACACUGCUGGCUUUCGGUAGCUGGCCUGCAUAAUCAUCAUAUUGUAAAAAAAUUUAAGAAGACAGAUAUAAAGUAAUCACCAAAUAGUGCACCGAUCCCUACUGAAGUUUUGAUUAAUAAAUUCUUCCUCCUUUUACUCUAAAUAGAUUGAGAAGCACUGGUUUAAUCUGUUUGAUAAUAUAUUUGUAAAGAAUGUUCAUUGUUAAUAGAUUUGUAAAGAAUGUUCAUUGUUAAUACAUUUGUAAAGAAUGUUCAUUGUUAAUACAUUUGUAAAGAAUGUUCAUUGUUAAUACAUUUGUAAAGAAUGUUCAUUGUUAAUACAUUUGUAAAGAAUGUUCAUUGUUAAUACAUUUGUAAAGAAUGUUCAUUGUUAAUACAUUUGUAAAGAAUGUUCAGCUAACUCUUUGAGUGUUUCCUGUUAUGUAGGUCUCCUAUUCACAAUGCCUUGGGGUCAUUGGCUACUCAGUGCUGCCUUUGUUUGUAAUUGCCUGCAUUUUGCCACUGGUUCAUUCAUAUCAUUAUUUGAAUAUGGCUUUUAAGGUAAGUACAAAAAAAAACAACUUUAUUUUAUUCUGCAUUAUAAAUAUUUUAUAAAGCGGUUUUGUAAUUUUUUUUACUCCUUUUUUAAAAAGACUUUCUCUCUACUCGCAUUUCCAUCUUGUGGUGGAGUAAUCUUUUGCGUGUCCCAGUCGUUCUCAUGCAGUGUUCACCUGUUGAACGGCUGGAGAAGAGUCAGUAGUGAAGGUCAGAUAAGAGCACUGGUAUUUUGGGGAAGGGUACUUUGGAAGGGGUUGAUAUUUUUAUUUUUAUCCUUGGGUAAAGAGCUAAGACACUAUAGCCAGGUAUUUUUAAGCAUUCAAUGUUUUUAUUAAAAAAUUCUUCUUUUGCCGAUUAUAGGCAGGUUAAAAUUUUUAUACUCUAGUGUAGUUUUCUUCGCAGAUUGCAUUUUAAGAAAUUUUAAACAAUUUUCUACUUUUUAGUGAUACUUGUCUUUGAUAGCAAGUCUUUGUGAAAAAUGUUAUUCUUACUGAAUUCUUUGUUAUAGAAUCCAAAUUACAUUAUUUCUUUUAUCAAAUUAUUUCUAGUAUUAAAUUAGCAAGUAUAUUAAAAAAUACCAGGCCUUGUUUUCACUUAAUAAGGCUUGGUUUGUGAAGUCUAGAAAUCAUGAUUGAUAAUUAAUUUGAGCAUAUUUCUUUGUGAAUAUGGUUUCUUAUUUAUUUUUGUAACUGUAUUGUUUUCACACUUUGAGGUUACCCCUUUCGGUAUUUCGGCACCCAUUAAGAAAUUGCCUUCAAUACCAAGCAAAGGGAAAUAACUUCCAUUUGACCAAAAGUUACUGACUUAAACAAAUUAUUAAAAAUAACUCUUUCAUCCAGUCAUAAAAAAUUACUGAUAAUUAUAGAGAAAAGAUUAAUUUAUUUAAAUCAAGUCUCCAUUAAGACCGGUUAAACCUAAAAUUCUUCACUCUCAAUUGAACGCAAUUAAUUAGACCGGUCAGAUCUAUAAAUAACAUCGUCUGAACCAUCUGGGAUAUCAAAUGUUGAACUAAUCUAAUACCAACAUCGCCAUUAUAAUGAUCUAUUUCUGCACCUAUUUUCGCAUUAAAUUCAUCACCGUUGACACUAACAGCCUACUUGCAGUUUAAAGCCACCUAGCAGGGCAAACGCCAUUAAGGUUAGAUCUACUGGCAGCAAAGCACUUUUUUUUCUUAAAUUGAAAGUAGCAAUAACAAAAAUCAAGCGCACAUCCACCAAACCAACAAGACAAGAGGUUAUAUGCAUUUUGUAACUCCUUAAAACUAGGCAAAGAUGAAAAUGACUUGUUUGAACAGGAUUAAACCAUAACGCGACUGAAGCGUAAGGGCCGGAAAGCCGCAAUAUGACUGAAAGGAUUAAACUAAAAAAUUAAUUUAAAAAAAUUAAAUAAAAUUCAUCGAGAUAAAACAUUGAAAUAUUUUUAUAAUAAUUUUUUUUUCUCUCCAGUUUUUGGGUGUGGUGUGGGCAUCCUUCAGUGCGGGCUCACUGUUGUGUGUUCAAGAACUUCAGCACAAGAAGCCUUUACUCUUGUACCCAAUAUUUUUACUGUACGUUUAUUUUUUGUCUUUGUACACAGGAGUUUAAAUUUUACCAAAGGCGGAAAAAUUGCUUAUGAGAUUUUAAGUAUGCGACUUACAUCAUGAUAAUGUUAUGUUAUCACCACAAUGAAAUUUGGUAUUGAGUAUUAGGGGUAAGUUGCUAUUUGGCAUGUGAAUGAUUUUUGGUUGGUUCAUAAAAAUGUCCAUUGAGAUGAGGAUAGAACACUUUUAAAUGCUUGUUUUAUUUCCAGUUACAAAAUAAACAUUGCCUUUUUAUCUGGAUUUGCAUAAUCUCAAGUCCAGUUUGACCUAAUUAUGACUGUAUUGGAUUAUAAAAUUACCAUUGAGCCAAAUACCAAUCCCUCAUGAAAUGUGCUUUUCAACUGAUGCAAAUAUUUAGUGAGUAACGAGAAUACAGGCACUGACUAAGCCUACACCUUACUAAAUAAUGUACAAUCAUUAUACGUUGUUACUGUAAAUAUAUGGUCUACUGUAAAUAUUGGGUCUAGUUUAGAGGGUUACACUGAUUAUAUUUUGGGGGUUGCACAUUUUAAAGAAUGCCACAGAGACAAAGUUACAAUCAGUUUGUUUUUAACUUAGUGGCCAUUAUCCUCAGAUGAUCAUUCAGCAAAGGGUCCCAUCAAUGGAUCAGGACUCUUGCACAGUUUGUUUUCAGUCACAAUUUUUCCUCUGACACAAUUUUUUUAGUCACAAUUUAUUUCCAGUCACCAAUGUGUCCCCUCUGUGUCUCAUAACAGGUCACUUCAUUAACAAGUUGAGUAGAUUUAUUGGAGGUAUUCAUCUUUCUAUAUUGGCAAUGCUAUGUAUAUAUAUGCUGUGAUUAUUAUCAAUCAUCAUUGUCUAUUUAUUUAAAUCACCAUGUCUUUGGAAACAAACAGCAUUCUUUUUUUUUUCUUUUUUUUUUGUUAACUUAUUUUAAAAAUAAAAUUAAAAUUUUUUUAAAUUCUUAAGGCAUUUUUUAUGUUUAUUUAUGCUGUGAUUAUUAUCAAUCAUCAUUGUCUAUUUAUUUUAAUCACCAUGUCUUUGGAAACAAAUAGCAUUCUUUUUUUUUUCUUUUUUUUUUGUUAACUUAUUUUAAAAAUAAAAUUAAAAUUUUUGUAAAUUCUUAAGGCAUUUUCAAUAUUUCCCAGUGGGCUUGAUUUAAAUUAUUAUGAGUAUUAUUUUGUAUAAAUAAAUGAAAAUUAAUAAAGCAUUUUUGUAAUUUUGUACAACACAUUUUACUUUUUAACUGGUAGUAUCAUAAAGUAAAAUUACAAAUCAAUAAGUGCAUUAGUAAACACUCUAAUUUUCCAAUUUUUUUUAAAGUCAGGUGCCCUUUCUUCAUUAGAGACGCUACAAAUGCAUUGCUGAUCUGUAAUUUUAAAGUUAAUAUAAAUAAUAUAAAGAUUGAAUGUACAAAAUUGUCGAAAGAUUAUUUUCUGCACCUCACAUGCUGCCCCUUAACACCAAGCCUUUACAUAGUCGUAUCAUAUAAUUAUUGAGUAUGCUUUAAAAGGAAUGUUAACACUGCCUACACUAUAAAAAAACAAAUAUCUCUCCCAUCUUGGUAUCAACAACAGCUGUGCUCAAACAGGUUGUACUCAAUUCUUGAAUGGAACAGGUGGCCAAGUGUCCUAUAUUCAAAGUGUAAUCGGGUGUUAAAGAUAUGAAAAUGUGUUCAACAAAUACAAAUAACUGAUGUUUCAGGAUGGUCAGGUAGUAUCAAGUUCUCAGUAGUGUUCGGGUUUGAUUUAAGUUUUGUAACAGUGAUUCCCAAAUAUUCUACGAUGUCCAUCUGGUUUAAACCCCCUCCCCUAGCCUGUCAUGAGCCACUCUAAAAAGGCAGUAAUCACAAUGAGACAUUGAGCCUUUUAGAGCCGUUACAAAAUGAUCAGCUGAGAGAAAUGUGCUUUCACUAAGUAUCAAAGGGCCGGUGAGCAGAUAAUGACAUUGGUAAAAGACUUGGUUGUAUUCCAUUUUAAGAUCACUUUAGAAAAAAAAAUUGGGCUUGAUGGAAGUCUGAUACAAGAAACUGCAAGAUAAGUGUUAUUGUUAGUAAUAUUUAAAUAUAGUGUAAAACUGUAAUAAUCUAUAAACUUAAAUACUGACUCAUAAAAAUUAAUAAGUGAAAGCUUUUCUUUUGUUGUUUUUUUUAAAUCUGCUUUCUUUUUUUAGUUGGGUUGUAGGAGCAUCUUGUUUUCUUGAAAAUAAAGAAUGUUUGUUUUUUUGUUUUUUAACUUAAAUUUUUAUGACUUUAUGAACAUGCAACUCUCUAAUUAAAUUGUUUUUUUAUUACUAGGA